AUGGCCGCGCAAGCAGAGGAGGCGCUCAAAGCGCUCAAAGUGGCGGAUGACAACAGCAACGGCAAGCCCGCCGCCCACGACGACGAGGACGGCGACGACUCUGACGAGGAGCCCGCCAACGGCGCCGACGCAGGCACUAGCGCCGCCAAAAAGAAGAAGAAGAGAAAGCCCAGAAAGAAGAAGAAGACCCCCACGAGCCAGACGGAGCCGCCGAUGGUGAAGCUGAGCCUGCUGUUCCCCAACGCGAGCUACCCCAAGGGCGAGGAGGUGGAAUACACGGACGACAACCGCUACCGGACAACGGACGAGGAGAAACGGCAUCUUGACAAUAUUAAUAGCGACUUUCUGACCGACUACCGCGAGGCGGCCGAGAUCCACCGCCAAGUCCGACAGUACGCGCAAAAGUCCAUCAAGCCGGGCCAGACGCUGACCGAGAUCGCCGAGGGUAUCGAGACGAGCGUGCGCGCGCUGACGGGCCAUGACGGGCUCGCCGAGGGCGACCCGAUGGUGGCGGGCAUGGGCUUCCCCUGCGGACUGAGCCUGAACCACUGCGCGGCGCACUACACGCCUAACGCGGGCAACAAAAUGGUACUGCAGGCAGCCGACGUGAUGAAGGUGGACUUUGGCGUCCACGUCAACGGCCGAAUCGUAGACUCAGCCUUUACCAUGUCCUUUGAACCGCAGUACGACCCGCUGCUGGCGGCAGUGAAAGCGGCGACCAACGCCGGCAUCCGCGAGGCGGGCAUUGACGCUCGCGUGGGCGAGAUUGGCGCCGUGAUCCAGGAGACAAUGGAGAGCUACGAGGUGGAGAUUGGCGGCACGACGUACCCGGUCAAGAGCAUCCGCAACCUAACAGGCCACAACAUCCUGCCAUACAGCAUCCACGGCACCAAGUCAGUGCCAAUUGUCAAGAGCAACGACAAGACCAAGAUGGAAGAGGGCGACGUCUUUGCGAUUGAGACGUUUGGCAGCACGGGCAAUGGCCACGUACGAGACGACGGCGAGGUCUCGCACUACGCCAAGAAUGCCGACAGCGGCCACGUCGAUCUACGUCUGAGCUCGGCCAAGACGCUGCUGAAUGCGAUUAACAAGAGUUUCGGCACGUUGCCGUUUUGCAGGCGCUAUCUGGACCGCAUGGGGCACGACAAGUAUCUUCUGGGGUUGAACCACUUGGUCGGAGCCGGUGUUAUCGAGGCGUACCCGCCGCUGGUUGAUAAAAAGGGCUCGUACACGGCCCAAUUUGAGCAUACUAUUCUGAUUAGACCGACGGUGAAGGAGGUCAUUAGCCGUGGCGAGGACUACUAG